UGCAUGGGGAUCCAUAUUAAUGGCUUCUUCAUCCCACUUGCUUAUUAUUUUUCCCAACUCUGAUGAUUCAUUAUCCACUAUAUAAGGCAGCUAGUUCUUGAGGCUGAGACACCCCAAGAAAAACAAGACAAGAGAAACUAUCAUUUCUCUAGAGAUGAAGCUCAAGAGUGUUACAUGUUUAAUUCUUUCUUUAAUUUUCCUACAUUUGGGUGUGGAAUGUGUUCUUGGGGAUGGAUCUGUGGUCGAUCCUGCGAGGUAUAGGGGCGAUGAUUGUAGGUGGGGCCGCAGGUGUGGUGGACGUGGGCGGUUUGGACGUGGUGGGGGUCUAGGGGGUGGAGGUGGUGGAGGUUUUGGAGGAGGUGGAGGUAGAGGGGGUGGUGGUGGUAUUGGCGGUGGUGCAGGACACGGUGGAGGCUUUGGAGCCGGAGGUGGAGUUGGUGGCGGAGCGGGAGGAGGAAUUGGUGGUGGAGGUGGAGCUGGAGGCGGCGGAGGAGGAGGUAUUGGUGGUGGUUCAGGUCAUGGUGGAGGAUUUGGAGCGGGAGGAGGAGCUGGUGGGGGAAUUGGUGGUGGAGGUGGAGCUGGUGGCGGUGGAGGAGGAGGUAUCGGUGGUGGCUCAGGUCAUGGUGGAGGAUUUGGAGCUGGAGGAGGAGUAGGUGGUGGAACCGGUGGAGGAGUCGGUGGUGGAGGUGGAGCUGGUGGCGGUGGAGGCGGUGGUGUUGGUGGAGGAUCCGGACACGGUGGAGGAUUUGGAGCUGGAGGAGGAGUUGGUGGUGGCGGAGGACUUGGUGGAGGAGGUGGAGGAGGUGGAGGCGGUGGUGGUGGUGGAGGGGGUGGUGCUGGUGGUGGAUCAGGUCACGGUGGUGGUUUUGGAGCUGGAGGAGGAGUUGGGGGUGGAGCCGGAGGAGGUGUUGGGGGAGGCGGUGGAUUUGGUGGUGGUGGAGGAGGCGGUGUGGGGGGUGGAUCUGGACAUGGUGGUGGAUUUGGUGCUGGAGGGGGCGUUGGACACGGUGGUGGUGCUGGUGGUGGCGCGGGUGGAGGUCAUGGGAUAGGACACGGUGGAGGAGGAGGGUUUGGGAUUGGAAUAGGAAUAGGUGUUGGGGUUGGUGGAGGCUCCGGCAAAGGUUCUGGAAGUGGAAGUGGAAGUGGUGGUGGUGGCCACCGUUAAUCAAGGCACUUAUUGACAAUCUCACGUUUUAGUACUACUACGUACUUGUGAUUCUACUCUUGUCAUAUGCUUAAAAGCAGAAAAAUUUAUGAUUUACAUCAUUGUUCAUUUCAGGAUGUGUGUUUUUCGAUUUUUGUGUAAGAAUGUUUUGGGAAAUUCCAAUAAGAAAAUAUUGAAUACGGAUUAA